UUCUUGCCCUGUUUCAGGCAUAUGUAUUGUGACUUUAUUCUGUGUGUAACUUUUCUUAUUUAUUUCAGAAAUGAGGGUUCAUUAACAUCAACUUUAAGAACACUUCUAUUCUUCACAGCGCUAAUGAUCACAUUACCUGUUGGGCUGUAUUUUUCAUCAAAGGCUUAUAUAUUUGAAGGUACCUUAGGAAUGUCCGACAGAGACAGCUAUUUUUAUGCUGCCAUAGUUGCUGUAGUUACUGUUCAUGUAGUACUUGCUCUCUUUGUGUAUGUAGCGUGGAAUGAAGGUUCUCGACAGUGGCGGGAAGGCAAACAGGACUAGGAUGAAGAUCUUCAUCAUCUGAUGCCUACAGACUGUAAAUCAAAUCUUUGUGAGCCAAAUGAAAAGCGUUCUUCGAAAUGUAUAAUACACAUGUACAAAGGUGAGGCUAAUGCCUCUACUGUGGUUGGAAUAAGACUUGUGCUCAUCUUGAAUGUGUUCCAGUGUUUUCUCUACUGAUAAUGGAAGUUGUUCUUUAGCCAGACUGUGCUAGGUUGAGCUGAGCCGGUCUUCACCUGGAAUUAAAAUGGAAUAACUAUAUAUUUUUGAAAAAAUUCUGUAGCUAUUUUUGGCAUUCCUAGUAUUUUUCUGGCUUGUUCUGA